AGGUGCAGUUACACAGCAAGCACCUUAGAAAGCUAGAGCUAUUGUUAGUAUUGGAGGGGUGGUUCUGUUCAGGAAAUAAUAGACAGGUAAUGGCUGCCUCCGAUUCAAGUUGUCCUGAAGAGCUGGCUGAAGAUCUGGCAGUUCAGGAUCCUGUAGUAAACGGCUCACCAAUCUGUGAAGAAAAAUGUGGGAGUAGAGAAUUGAAAAAUGAAGGAACAUCUCUUAUGGAACUUGAAAGCAAAGAUCCAUGUCACAGUGAACCAGGCCUGGGAGACCACCUGUCUGAAAACGAAUCAUCCAAGGACUGCUCACCCAGUAUCUUGAGAGAAAGUCACCCAGAAGAGAAGCAGGAGGAGGAGGAAGAAGUGCUUUGUGAUUUCUGCCUAGCAGAAAAGGUGCAGGCAGUAAAAUCCUGCUUGACCUGCAUGGUAAAUUACUGCCAGGAUCACUUGAGGCCUCACCUGGAGAAUGUCAAACUACAGAGCCAUAAACUUAUGGAUCCACUAAAGGACAUUGACAUACAGAGCUGCAAGACCCACAAAAGGCAUCUCAGCUGGUUCUGCCACAGUGACCUAAUCUGUAUCUGUGAGGAGUGUCUUUCUGAUGGACAUCAAAACCACCAAACUGUAAUCUGUGGGAUAGCCAGGAAAGAAAAAGAGUGUGAACUUCUUCAACAUCAAGAAGAAUAUGAUUGGAAAUUGAAGUCAGCUGAAAAUGCAAUUGUUAAAUUGGAGAAGAACUCAGAGUCUAUAGUGAAUUCAAUAUCUGAAGUGAAACUCUUGGUGGAAGAGAAGUUUGAGGAGCUGCUCCAAGCUGUCAAGGCAACCCAUGCCAUUGUGCUCACUUUUCUGGAGGAGAAAGAGCAUGCUGCAGUUAAUCAUGCAAAUGGAAUAAAGAUCUACCUUCAGAACCAACAAGUGACAAUGGAGGAAUGUAGGAAAAGAUUGCAGAAGAUGGCCACUCACACUAAUGAUAUCAUCUUCCUAAAGGAAUACUGUGAAUUCAAGAAGCAUCUGGGAGAUGAUACAUUGCCCAGUGUGUAUAUUGGCUUGAAAGACAAAUUAUCAGGAAUCCAAAAGGUGAUCUCUGAAUCCACUGAACAGCUUUUACAAUUACUACAAAUUUCUUAUAAAGAAAAAUUGCAGAAGUUUGCCAAUGAUGAAGAUGCUGGGAUAAAAACAACAGUGGCUGCAAUUGUUCCAUCCAAACAUCGCCUGUCAGCUCCAGAACCUCAAAGUAGGAACGACUUCUUAAAGUAUGCUUGCUUGGUAACCUUUGACCCAGAUACUGCUCAUCGCUAUUUGAGGCUUUUGGAUGACAACCACAAGAUCUCCAACACCACGCCCUGGGAGCACCCGUACCCAGAUCACCCAGAAAGAUUUGCACACUGGCGCCAAGUCUUGUCCAAUCAAAGCUUAUAUAUGGGUCGUUAUUACUUUGAAGUCGAGAUAUUUGGAGCUGGUAUUUACAUUGGCAUGACAAACAAGAGCAUUGACAGGAAAGGCUCAGAGAGCAACAGUUGCAUCUCAGGGAAUAACUUCUCCUGGUGUAUUAAAUGGAACGGCAAGGAUUUCUCAGCUUGGCAUGUUGAUGUGGAGACGCCUUUGAAAUCCCAGGAAUUCAGCAGAAUAGGGGUCUACCUAGAUUACCCCAGAGAGACACUCUCCUUUUAUGGCAUCGCUACUGACUCAAUGACUGUCUUGCAUACUUUUGAAUGCAAGUUUAAUGAGCCUUUAUAUCCGGCCUUCUGGCUAUCAAAGAAGGAAAACAGCAUUCAGAUUGUUAGGUUGCGAGAAGAAGCUGAGCAGGAUCCAGAAGCUUCUCUUCCUUCCACAGGAGAAUUGGCUUCCAGUAGUUUAGAGACACAUGACUAAAGCAAUGCACAGUUGAAACUGUUAACUCAGAACCUAGUCAUUAUCUUUGUUAUACAAAGGUCCCCAACACUGGUCAGUUGGGGACUCUUUGUAGAAGAAUCCUAUUGAAAAAUUGUGUUUUAUAUACUUCAGGUUGCGUAUUACCUCUGUGAAUAUUACCUCUCACUGAGAGAGAAAAAAGUAAAUUAUAAAAAUUCUCCUGUUUUUAAGUGAAAGUAUUGAAAAUACUUAUUUGCAAAAUCAACUGCUUUCUGAUUGUAAACUUCUAACGGGUGCAUUCAAAAUAAGAACCAAAUGGCUGUUAACAUAACACUGCUAUGUAUUUAACAGAUUAACAGAGUUGGAAGGGACCUUAUAGGUCAUCUAGUCCAACCCCCCACUCAAGCAGGAGACCCUACAUCAUUUCUGACAAAUAGCAGUCCAAUUUUUUCUUGAAAGUCUCAAGUGAUGAAGCUCCCACAACUCCUGAAGGCAAACUGUUCCAUUGGAUGAUUGUUCUCACUGUCAGAAAGUUCCUCCUCAUUUCUAGGUUGAAUCUCUCCUUGGUCAGUUUCCAUCCAUUAUUCCUUUUCUGGAAUACAGCUUUGGAAAACAGUUUGAUCCCCUCCUGUCUGUGGCAAAUAUUGGAACACUGCUAUCAUGUCUCCCCUGGUCCUUCUCUUCACUAGACUAGCCAUUCCCAGUUCAUUGUAUUGAAAGAAUAAGGACAAUUUAUCUAUAUAUACAGUCACUCCUUGCCCAAUCCCCCUGUACUGCCUACGCUUUAAAAAAUACAAGUCAGAUGUAUUGAUCAAAUCAGAUUUUAGAACAAUUGGUGUCCUCAAAUCACUUUUGCUGUAGGGAAAUAAUUGUAUACAUAAAGAUAAAAAGAAUUGGCAUUACCCACAAUGGAGGAAUGGUUGGUGAAGAUGAUGGAACUUUCUGAGGUGGCUAAAUUAAUUUCUUUGAUCAGAGAAAAGAUACUUAUCUAUAUUUAUUACUGAUUGGAAACCUAUUAUGGCCUUUUGGGCAAGGCAGAAAAAAAUGAAUGUACUGUAUGACUUAUGUUUUUCAUGAUUAGAUGGAAUAAAUUAUAGAAAGAAGAGGGUCAUAUUGUAACCAUAGUAUAUGAAAUAGAUUUAUAAUUGUAAUUAAACUACUGUAAAGAAGAUCAGAAACCAUUCUUUGUAUAUUUUUUGUAUUUAUGUUUCCUCUGCUCAAUAAGCACAUUGAGCCCACUUAGAGAGGGCUGUAAAAGCACUAUGAAGCCGUAUAUAAGUCUAAGGGGUAUUGCUAUUGCUAUAUUGUAUCUCAAUGAAUAUACAGGUAUAUUAUAACCCAUACUGUGAAAGAGAGAGAAUUCAAUGUGUAUAUUUAAGGAAUAGUUAACAGUUCAGUCCAUAAAAGUAGCUCUUUUAUUAUCUGAACUAGUCAAUGAGUAUUACAAUUGCCUAUGAAAGUUAACAAUGUCUAUCAUAUCAGCAUAUGGAAUGAAUUUUGGUGAUGUCUCUAGGCAAUCUAGCUCAGAUGAGUUGUUAUUCUGAUAUUGGGUGCUUGAUCGUUCGUGAUUGCUUACAAUGCCCCAGUAUCAGGAGUGAAAUUCAGCAGGUUCUGACAGGUUCUGGAGAACCAGUAGCAGAAAUUUUGAACAGUUCGGAGAACCGGUAGUGGAAAUUUUGAGUAGUUUGGAAAACUGGCAAAUACCGCCUCUGGCUGUCCCCAGAGUGAGGUGGGAAUGGAGAUUUUACAGUAUCCUUCUCCCAGGAGUGUGGAGGGAUUGGGGAUUUUGCAGUAUCCUUCCCCUGCCAUGCCCACCAAGCCAAGCCAAGCCAUGCCACGGCCACCAAACCAAACCACACCACGCCCACCAUGCCACAGAACCAGUAGUAAAAAAAUUUGGAUUUUACUACUGCCCAGUAUUAUCUGUCUUCAUGCUAUCUUGCUAUAUGAGUCUGAAACUUUCUAGCAUUGCCAGUGACACAUAUGAUGUUUGCAACAAUUAGGAUUCAAGAUUCUGGAGGAUUAUGAGCAUAUGUCUACGCUAGAUCGAUGUAGAUGACUACAGCUUUGACACAAGCUUUAAGGUGGUGCCGGAAGAAAACUGCCUGAUAUUGGGAGCACAGCUAAAUUCUCCAGUGAUCGUAUGACAUUUUGAUGUGUACAUGCUGCAAAGAUGUACAAUCAACGUAGAGACUAUAAAGGAGGCUCUAUUUAGAAUAUCUAUUUUGUCUGGUUAAAGAAAUCUGUUACUAACAUGUAAUUGUAAUUACAUAUUACUGCUUCAGAUAUUUUAAAGGGUCUCUUAAUGUUGGAAUGAGAAGUUGACAUUCUCUAUUGAUUUUUAAAACCCUCUUAAACCAGAAUGUUUGGUUUCAGUUACUAUUUGUUUCUAUUCUGACUUAAUCAGAUUCUGCAAAGUUUCGGAUUGGUGAACUGAUUAGCUUUUAUAAAUGGAGUUAUUCAUUUCCAAGAUAGUCUUGUAAUGGAUACAUUUGUGUGGGCAGGAUUGUUGAUAAGGAGUAACAAUGAAGAAUGUGUUUAAAAAGUGAUAAAAAACAAAUGACCUCAGUAAACCUUCAGAUUAUUCAAAUUACGAAUAAUCAAAAAGUUGGGUUAAAAGUAACAUUUUUAUAAAUGCUCAAAAGAUAUUUGUUUAAUAUGUCACUAAAUGAAUUGAAAGCUGAUAAUAAAUAAAUAUAAUUUUAUCAUUAGCUAAUUCUUUUUCAGUCCAAGUAGCAUUUUAGGAAGAUUUAGGAAGGCCUAAUAACUCAGUUCUUUCUCACAAGGGGGCAGUGUUGUGCCAUAAUAAUUGGUACACUUGCUAUAAUUGCAAACAUAAAUGUGAGAAAUUUGUUUUUCAGUGCCUUAGAAGGCAAAUUAUGUAUGUUCAAAUGUAUCUUAAUGCUUUUGAAUGGCUCACAUUUUUUUUCCAGGCAUGUAUUUUUCAGGCUAAUAAACUGAAGUUUAUUCUAAAUAUUCUUGCUCAAGAAAAGAACUGGAAUUCAAAUGAUAUAGUAUGGAGUGACAUCUCCCUUUUUAAAAUAUUCGGCUUAUACCAGAAAGGAGCACCUGCAUUUCUCUUGAGCCCAGAAUGCUUAGGUGGCAACCUUUUCAGAAACUGCAUCUAUUUCAGGAUAGAUCAAGUGUGGCUGUAAGAACACCAAUCUCAGUCUACAAUUGAACUAGGCUGCAUCUGCCCUCAUUUUUGUGAUGUUUUCUUUGAAUGGCUCUGGAAAUAUUAACUGGGUCAAAAUCCAGAUGCUAGUUUGGGAGGAAAUGGCUGUUUCAGAAAAGCAGCAGUGUCUUCCAGGCCCAUUCUAGACACAAAAUGGGGUGAUCCCUGAAAGCCCUAAGACCAUCUUCUAAAGUCCCACUUUGAUUGAUUAGGUUGCAUUUUCUUAUAUAUUUAAAAGGUUAUGGAACUUCAAAAGCACUGAAGAGGAUAUUUUAAUUUUUUUUACACAGUUAUCCAAUAUGUGGUUCUCCAACCUCCACCUCCAACCAAUUGAGUCUCUGGGGUACAUUUCACCUUAAGUGGUUAUUCUGCUGUAAAAUGGUUUCAGGUAUGGCAUCAGCUGAGAGUCCAGUGUAGGGGUAGACAUUUGGCGAUUGUAAUCCUGAAAUCCAGUGGUGGGUUGCUACUGGUUUGCCCCGGUUCGAGUGAACCGAUAGCAGCGGUGGAAGGAGGCUCCGCCCACCCACCCGGACGUCUCUGCGCAUGCACAGAAGCUUCUGCACAUAUGCAGAAGGGUUGCACAUACACAGGACUGCGCAUGCAUCCACAAGUGAACUGGUAGCGACUGGAUUUGAAACCCACUACUGCUGAAGUCUCUUAAAGCUUUGAGGGACACUGCUACACAGGUUGCCAGUUGUGAGAUCCUGUUCAUUAAGUUGAGCUCUAAGGAGCAGUUGGGAUUGUUGCUGUUAUACCAGCUUCCCUGCCUGAGCCGCUGGACUCUGUGGCUGGAUUUGUGGGAGAGUUUUCAGACAUAUGGUUCUGGGGGACUUUAGUCUGCUGGCUCUGUUAUUAAAGUCAGAGACAGUUCAGGAGUUCAUGGCUACAAUGACAGCCAAGGGCCUAUCUCAGUUUAUCCUGAGCCUGACAUGGGACAAUGGCUCACACUUCAUCUGUUUUUUUUCUGUCUGAACAACGGCAAGUGAUCUGAAUUGAGAGAACUCCUAUGCUGAUUACCAUGGACUUCUCAGGUGCCACUAUCUACUGUAGGGAGGUAGGACCUAUGAGACCAAUCCGUCCUAGGUGACUGAUGAUCUGGAGGACUUCAGAAUGAGCUGAGGUUAUUGUAGUUCCAAUUCAGGGUGCUAUUUUCAUCCUUAAAGUCCUUCUUGACAUGGGGUGGGUUACUUGAGUAGCCUCCUCUUCCUGAUUGUAAGUGCACUUCCCAUAAGGUCUUGCACAUGAGGUAAAUCGCAGGUCCCAUCUAUGAAGAAGUUACAUAUGACAGGACCCAGGAAACAAAUCUUUUCUGCUGUGGCACCUGCCCUGUGGAACAUCACCAAUCCUCAAGUGAGGUCAGCCUCAUCUCUCCUGAGCUUCCAGAAAUCCCUUCAAGCUUGGUUUUGUCACCAGGCACCUUUCAAAGGAAUGGUAAUUUGAUUAGAUUUCUCUGUUGUUUAUAAUCUUAUACUCUCUCACUCUCUUAGCCUUUUAUAAUAUUACAUUUUUGUACUUUUGAAUGCUUUUAAAAUUGUUUAUAUGGUUGUUUUAUGCUACCCAGAAUCCAUUUGUUUAUAACCACAUUGCUAUGGCCAAUUAUUGUAGUGAUUGUGAUCGCUCAAUUAUGUAAGCCAUUCAGUUAAUAAUAAUAAAAAGUAUUAGUA